GCCGAUCUCCUCGAGUGCUUCAUCGCUUGGUACCGCUGCUCCGGGGACUCGACGUCCCCCCAGGUCUGCCAUGCGACGAACCUACCCUGGUGCGACAUUUCCUCCCCCAGCUGGGCGUCCGUUGCGGCUGCUGCUCCUGGACUAGAGCAGGUGGAUGAGGACGAGGUGGUGUUGGAAGGAGAACCUCUCGAGCUAAGGUCGUCCGUCAAGCGGCACGCUGCUGUGCCUCCGGUUUCUCUUUGGGGUGGCAUGCUCCUCUCCUACUGCGUCGGCCUUGUGGCCGUGCACCGGGCGGCGCUGUGGCUGGUCGACGAGUACUGGGCAAGUCGAGAGUUUGAUCCCUUCGUG